AAUGUUGAUAUUGUUAUGAGAGAGAAAAGUGACUCUGUUUCAGAUAUUCAUACAAACGAGGACCAAAGAAAGGUUAUAGAUUUAAGUACUUUAUACAGUAUGAUUGAACGAUCACCAAUUUUUACCGACUCUCACCUUCUGUGCUUAAAUGAUUGUGAAUUGAUGUAUAUUUUAUUACUAUUUAUGACAUCUGUGAUUUGUAAAGACGAAUAUGCUCUAUUUUAUUACCUCAAAGACUACCUAAUGCGUUUACAAGUUGCAUUAUCUUCCGAAGCUGUCGGCCAGUUCUCGGAUGUAAAACAAAUUCAUUCUAAUCAUUGUGGAGAAAAUUUAAAAAAAGAGCUUGACUUAAGUCCCCUAAAAUCUGAUGGAAAUGAUAUAUCAGAAACAGAGCAAACUGCCACUAAAUCUUCUGCAGUUUGCUCCAAGAGUAGUCUUCAAGUUAAAGGAGAUGAAAUUCUAGUUUCAGAAGACAGUGAAUUUCAGUCUGAUUUCCCUGGCAACUCUAAUCUAACUACCGAAAAUGCAUCUAUCCAGUAUGAUUCUAAUAAUAUUAUUACUGAUUGUAAAUUGAAAGACUCUGUGGAAAGUAAUGCUUUACAAGCUAAAUAUAAGGAAGUCCAUGAGCUAAUUAGUCUUCUGGAAAAGAAUUCAGAAGAAAUGCCGUAUCCCGAUCCACUGGAUGCAGCAUCAAAGGUAUGUGAAGUAGCAUAUAAUGUCAUGAAGAAAUCGAGGUGUGAAGCUGUGCAGAAAAAGUUUCAUAAUUUUGUUCAUGCGGUUGUGUUUUGGACUGAAAAAUUUUCAACUGAUAAAAACUGCACUGUAUGUCAAAUCUGUCAAAAAGUGUAAAUUCGGAAAAUGGUUAUGAAAUCAUUGUAUGUAACCCAUCUGAAAUGUGCCAAAGUGUUUUUAUAGUCAUUUUUGAUAAUAGAUCACUUUAACAUGAAUGAAGCAAAUUCAUUUGUAAUGGGAUGAAUUUAUUACUGUGGAUAGUCAAGUGCACUGGCCGGUGUGAAAUUCACAAACCGGAUUUGCUUUACAAUGAAUGAACAAAACAUCAGUAAUUUUUCAAGAUGUAAAAAAUAAUAUUGAUAGUGUAAUAAGUUACGUGGACAAAAAUAUAAUGGAAAUGUUUUUAAAACAUACAUAUACAUUUCUAUGCUGGAUGUAAUAUUUUGUUAAAUGAAUCACUGAUGUAAUUCAGGAAUAGUCAAAAUUCUCCACAAAUAAAUUUCUUAUAUUUUUGAGUGUUUAAAAUUAAAUUUUUCAUUUACUUGGAAAAUUUAUCUUGUAUUUAAGUCAUUAAAUUUUCUUUUCAUAUAAAACAAUUCAGAGAAUAUAAUAUUCCUGAAAUUUCAAAAAUAAAUUACUGUAUUGUAGGAGAUAUGUGCUUCAAAUCUCAAUUCUUAUGCCAGAACUAAACACUUAAAUUCAGAUUCAUAACAAACGAUUAAAAAAAAUAAAUGUAAUAUAAUAAAUUAUUUUAACCUAUGAAUGGUAAUGAAAUACAACAAGACUGGCACAGCAGUUGUCAUACUUAUGAACCUUUGAGCUAGGAGUAGGAGUUUGCAUAAAAUGCAACACAAGUGCAAUAAACAAUUAUUCAUUUAUU